AUGGACCGUCGCGGCCAACGCCCGCCGCGCUCAGCCCGUCCACCCAACGCCCAGUCCCCAUCCCCGGCCGACUAUGAGCCUCCGAACGUCCCGUACGGCGCCCACUACGGCAACCGCCCACCGCCGAUGCCCACCAUCGACUCCUACUCUGGUGUAUCAUUCCAGGGCAAGGAGACCGGUGACCGCCAUGAGCCCAUUGACCAGGCCCGCGGCCGCGCGUAUACGGCCUACAAUAAUCACCAGGUCCAGUCGCCGGAGUCGUCCGACGACGCAGCGUUUGUGGAGGGCGGCAUGGCGGGUGUGGGUGCUAGCGGAGUGGGCAGGAAGAAGAGCUUGGUGAGGCCGGACAGGGAGAAGAUCGAGCCCGGACACCGGCUGUGGCAUUACAGGAACCACGCCCAGCAGAUGGAGGAUGAGGGAGGAGGGAGUGCUAUCCCCUCAACAACGGGCAACAUCCCGCAAAGAGGCAACCUGCGGCGCGGCAAGUCUCUUCUUGCACGGGAAGAGGACGUCCACGAGUCUGGUCUCGCUUUGUUCAAACGUGGUCAGACACUACGUCGCAAGAAGGCACCCGUAGCAACAGAUGCAAUGCCCAAGAGGAGUUGUAUGGACAGUCUCGGACCAGGUCCCAAGGGCCCAUGGUUCAUGUAUUGCUUCAUUCUUACUUGCCUAGUUCCUCCGCCACUACUCCGAUUAUUUGAUUCGGGCAUGGAGAGAGAAGAUGGGUCUGCUAGGCAUCAUCCUUCGCUCAUGGCGAUUGUCGGUUUCAUCACGUUCGGCUUCACCCGCGCAGUGUGCGGUACGCCAAAUAACCGUUACCUCUCAGGUACGGUGGAGAAUGCCUCUGUGAUCAUUCACGGGUACGACUACGACUUCUCCAACUUCAACCAUCCUGCUGUCGGCAACUUUGAUGGGAAGACGAACCCGCUAUAUGUUGGCGGAUGGAAAGCGGCCGGCAAUGACAUCUCGUUGAUGUUCCAGAACACUGGUGGUUCCUGCUCCAACUACAUCACGAAAGCGAGCGGAUCCUCGAUCAGUGGCAGUACCAGCGAUCCGGAGUGGUACUUCCCAUGCAAUGUCUAUGGCCAGACCACCAGUCUGCCGGUGAACUCGACGAAUUAUGGCUCGGACACCACAUGCCAUACAGCGUCAUCAGCCCGGAGCCAACUUGCUAGCAUGAAACCACUGGGGCAGGUGUACUACACUUGGGACCAAGUUGCAGCCGGCUCGCGCAACCUCGUUGUCUAUGAAUCCACUGUCCUUGACUUCAACCUGCUCCAGUGGCUCGAUUCGUCGAAAGUCAGCUACCCGUCUAUAUUCAAUGAUUUCAAGAAGGCCAAUGGCACAUUCAACGGCAAGGAUCUGUCGAUGUACUUCAUGCGCACGGACCAGAAGGAGCUUGCAGAGUGUCUACAGCAGAUUAUCAUGGUAGGAUUUAUCGACACGAACACGAUCGGCUGUGUCGCUUCGCAGAUCGUGCUCUACGUCUCGCUGGUUUUCAUCAUCGGCGUCGUGGGCAUUCGCUUCGCCAUCGCGCUAUUCUUCUUCUGGUUCAUCUCCGCGAAGGUCGGGAACUACAACAACGAGACACACCAGCAGCGCCGGCAGCGCAUGCUCGAGAUCGAAAACUGGACGAACGACAUCUACAAGCCUGCUCCUGCGGAAUACCGCCCAAAUGUGCACAAGAACGGCGUCGCGAAGGGCGCGAAGAGGAAGAAUUUCCUGCCCAGCACGUCGCGCUUCACGCCUGCGGAGACAGCGCUGAAGCCUGGUGUUCUCGGUAGCCGUACUUCAGCCGCGUAUGGCAUCCUCGAACCCGUACCCUACAAGAGGUCUACGACGGUGAGCUUGUACGGAGGUAGGAGCACGACCAAGCUCACGCCUCCGGAGACACCUGGGUACCGUCACUCGAGGAGCUCUGUGUCGCUCACAGCGGAGGGGGCGCGUGCGUUAUUCCCUGAGAACCCGUGCCCAUUCCCGCUGCACAACGUAGUGCCGCAGCCGCCUCCGGAUUACGAACCUUUCAAUUUCCCGCUCGGACACACCAUCUGCCUGGUGACGGCUUACUCGGAGUCGACGGAGGGUCUGAGGACGACGCUGGAUUCGCUUGCGACGACGGACUACCCGAACAGCCACAAGCUCCUUCUGGUCAUUGCCGACGGUAUGGUCAAAGGUGCCGGCAACACGAUGACGACGCCAGAGAUCUGUCUUACGAUGAUGAAAGAGUUCGUCAUUGCUCCGGACGAUGUCGAGGCACACUCCUACGUCGCCAUCGCCGACGGACACAAACGGCACAACAUGGCCAAGGUCUUCGCGGGCUUCUACGACUACGACGAUGCGACGAUCGAGCGGAGCAAGCAGCAGCGCGUCCCGAUGAUCCUCGUCGCGAAGGUCGGCAACCCGCUCGAGGCGGGCGAGGCGAAGCCGGGCAACCGUGGCAAACGUGACUCGCAGAUCGUGCUCAUGGCGUUCCUGCAGAAGGUCAUGUUUGACGAGCGCAUGACGACGUUCGAGUACGAGUUCUUCAACUCGAUCUGGCGCUGCACCGGUGUCAGUCCGGACCGGUACGAGAUGGUGCUUUGCGUUGAUGCGGACACGAAAGUCUUCCCGGACUCCGUCAGUCGGAUGGUGGCAUGCAUGGUCCAAGAUUACGAGGUCAUGGGUAUUUGUGGCGAGACCAAGAUCGCUAACAAGACCGAUUCCUGGGUCACGAUGAUCCAAGUCUUCGAGUACUUCAUCUCGCACCACAUGACGAAGGCCUUCGAGUCUACGUUUGGCAGUGUCACCUGUCUGCCAGGUUGUUUCAGUAUGUAUCGCAUCAAGGCGCCGAAGGGCGACUCUGGCUACUGGGUGCCCAUCUUGGCUAACCCGGACAUCGUUGAGCAUUACUCGGAGAACAUCGUCGACACUUUGCACAAGAAGAAUCUGCUGUUGCUCGGAGAGGAUCGGUACCUGACCACUCUACUUCUGAAGACGUUCCCGAAGCGCAAGAACAUCUUCUGUGCCUCGGCGGUAUGCAAGACAAUAGCCCCUGAUACUUUCAGCGUCCUCCUGUCUCAGCGUCGUCGCUGGAUCAACUCGACUGUGCACAAUCUUGCUGAGCUUAUACUCGUUCGGGACAUGUGCGGCACCUUCUGCUUUUCGAUGCAGUUCGUCGUCGGUAUGGAGCUUGUCGGAACGCUGGUCCUUCCAGCUGCCAUUUCGUUCACGCUCUACGUCAUCAUCGAUACCAUCAUUCCGCACUCGUCCAGUACCACGAUUCCCUUGGUCCUGCUCGGCAUCAUUCUAGGUUUGCCCGGUGUCCUAAUCGUCAUCACGUCGUUCAAGCUGGCGUAUGUGGGCUGGAUGGUCAUCUACCUCUUCUCCUUGCCCAUUUGGAACGGUGUUCUACCAGCUUAUGCGUACUGGCACUUCGACGACUUCUCCUGGGGUCAGACGAGGCAAAUUGCUGGCGACAAGGCUGGUGGUAACCACGGUGACAAGGAGGGGGAGUUCGAUUCUACACAUAUCGUCAUGAAGAGAUGGGCGGAGUUCGAGCGUGAAAGGCGGUGGAAGAGUGGUACUCAGUCGAGAGACUCCACGGUUUUCGACUACCGCUCGUAUUCGCCGAAGAGGGGUGACAGUCGGCGCCCGUCGCUGUCUUCAAUGGCUGAUCCACAAUAUGGGCAGCAAUAUGAUUCCGAGACGUACGAGCCUUCAAACUUGCCUCCUUCACGACCCAGGAAAGACAGCAAUCAACUCCUGAUGCUUCCCACUCCUCUCGCUGUCAACAGCAAGCAGCCUCAGUUGCCCACCACUACACCGUCUGUAUCGACCUCUGGCAUGUCGCGCUCUAGCACGGACGAGAACACCUCUGAUAUUGGAUCUUCCCAUAAACUGGUCUCCAGUCCGUCACCCCACAACGACUAUCAGGAUGAUUACGAUUCAGCCUACCACUCCUCCGAGUUCCCACAGCAGCCAACUUACGCACAACAGCCCUUCGUGCAAUCACCGACAUCACAGUACCCUACGCAACCGCAUUCGCAACAGACCGGUGCGUUCCAGGAACGCGUAGCACGCACAGCCGGUGCAAGUGGUGCCACCCUUCGUCAAGCUCCUGCUGUCAACCAGUACUCAGGCGAGGUCUUCAACCCAUAUAGCUACCAAGCGACUGGUGGAGGGUAUAUUGACGAACCAGCUCAGUCGUACAGUCCGAGCGAGUCCGAACAGUCGCCGCCGCCACCGCCACCCAAAGCUUCCUCGCCUGCGCCAGCACAGACAAGGGCGGGCCGUGGAGUGAGCCUCGCAGACAACGGGCCUGUCCCUUCGCCUGGUGGUGGUGUGCGGAGAGUAUCAAGACAGCAGGGUCGGCGUCCGCCUUCGCAGGCACCACCGCAGAACAGGUACUCGCGCUCAUCAACUCUCCCUCCGGGUGCAGCUCCUCCACAAGCUGGUCAAGGUUACUGA